AUGGUUGUUUCUUUAAUAAUACUGACAGUCAAAGGAAUUUACUCAAGAGUUGGGAAAACCAAGAAAAUAUCUGGAAGUAUUUCAGAAUACUGGCAAUUCGACUAUAGCACAGUUAGUGUUGCCACAAAUAACUUUUUCCAGGCAAAAGAAAUUGGACAGGGCAGUUGUGGCGUUGUUUACCAGGGUCGCCUGUCCAAUGGAAAAGACAUAGCUGUGAAAAGGCUUUUAAUAGAUUCUGAACUAGACAAUUCAGAAUUUAAAAUUUUGAUCUUAACAGUGACCAAGCUUUACCAUCGGAAUUUGAUUGGUCUCCUAGGUUUCUGCUGGGAAGGAAGUGAAAUGAUUCUUGUCUAUGAAUCCAGUCAAUCAUCUAAAUUCGGAUUGGGAUAUGCGCUACAAUAUUAUAGUAGGCAUUGCAAGAGGGCUCUUAUACCUCAUGAAGAUUCUCCCCAUCCGAUUGUUCACGGGGAUCUCAAGGCCAGUAACAUUCUGAUAGAUGCAGAAAUGAAUCCCAAAAUUUCAGACGUUGGCAUGUCAAAGUUGCAUGGGAUUCAUAAAAAACAAGGCGGUACCGAAAGAUUUCAAGCAUUGCAGCACGACUAUCUCGCAAUAAAUUGCGAAGAGGAUGGAGAGUUUUCUGUAAAGUCGGAUAUCUACAGUUUCGGAGUGUUGGUUUUGGAGAUAAUGAUUGGACAAGAAAGUACUUAUUUCAAUCAUGGAGGGGACGGAGAUGAUCUUCUGAGCUAUGCUUGGCAACUCUGGACAGAAGGGAGAGCUUUACAUCUAAUAGAUGACAGUAUCGAGACUGAUUCAAGAACCGAGUUAAUAACGAGAUGCAUCCACAUAGGGUUAUUAUGUGUGCAAGAAAAUAUAGCUGAUAGGCCAACCAUGGGUUCAGUUAUUCUCAUGCUUAACAUGAGUUACCAAUUUACUCUCCCACCGCCCACGCCUCCAGCAACUUUGCGACGUGAUAACACCAAAGAAUUGAUUGACAGUACGUCAAGGAUUAGGCUAAGUAAUAAGCGAAAGCCCUACUGGACGAGGCUUGUCCGGAUAUGUAUGAAACCGUUUCAGUGGGAUUCCAGGCGAUCACUUAUCUUCAGCGAAGUAGACGCUGAAAGAGUAAGUGGGGAUGAUCAAACUACCUAA